AGCAGGAUAAUACUAGUUCUACUUCUUGAUUGUUGCAGCCUGAUUAAAUAACAUUUCUGGUUUUUUGCAGCUAAAUCUUUGUUUUCUGUGAUGAACAGAUUGGAAUCUUUAUCCAAACAAAAAGGGUAAGUUUGUUUACGAAUAAAUGCAAAUGAGCAAGCAUGGCCCCAAGUCCACUGAGGAAUACCAUCUGGAUGGCUUGUCAACAAUACUUUUUUUUAGCUCUGUGUUCUAAUGGAGUGUGUUACUUGGAACAGGCGUAACUGCCUAUUUUGAUUAGCCCUUUGUGCAGGAGGUUGUUGGGUGAAGAGAGGGCAUGCAUGCCUAGGUCCCAAAGCUACAGACUGAGGUAAAUAGUUUUCAGCAAAACAACAUAGUAAUGCAAAGAGCAGAGCACAAAUGUAUUGCCUGGUUGGAUAGUUUUCAGAAGCCGAGCCAAGGAAGAGUUAUUUUUGAAGCAUCCCUGGUGUCUCUUCCCACGACCAAGUAAACUAUACUCAUUUCCUUUCUUCAUGUGACAGAAAUUUUAGAUAUACAAGUGUGGUUUGUUUGUUUGUUAUUUUCUUUUUCUCUUUCCCUCUCCUCAGGCUUAAUGCUCAUGUUAGCCCCAGUGGGACUGUCUGCUAUAUAACGUCGAACAUGUUUUAUGUAGAAGUUCAGCUGGAGAAGGAUGGAAAGGUGGUGGACGUAAAGUUGGCUCACCUCGGAGAAGCUCCUGUGGUUUGUGAUGACUUGGUGCAGCAUCUAAGGUAAAGAAUCAUGUGCAGAGUCUCUUGUUGAAUGGAAAGGAAUUCCUGAGUCUUGUGUUUCUCUGAGUGUUGUGGAGAAGUCAAGGCUAGGAUGGUUUCAGUGUAAGAACUGAAGAAAAAAAAAAAAGAAAAAAAGAAAAAAGCAAGAAUCAGGAAACAAUAAUAUGAAUCCAGAAAACAACAGAAGAACUGACACCUUUGGGGAUUUUAUUUUAUGUGGGACGUUGGUUCCAGUGCUCCAUAUUGAAGGAUGAAGAACUAUGAUGCCUUUGGAAAGAUUCUAGAAGACCUGUCAAAUCUGUAUCAAAUUCCAGGAAACAGCGAAAUGAAAGCUAAGGGAUACUUUGCUUUGCAGGCCCUUGAAAAAGAUCUUUAUUCAAUGUCUCUUCUAGACAGAACACAGGAUGUAAACAGAGUUACUGAAGUACUUCACGGAAAAGUAGGACACCUGGUGCCAAGAACUGGAGGAACUCCUAUGAACAUUGAAUUUUACAUUUCUCCCUAUCAAGUUUUGGAAGCAGAACUAAAUCCUGGUUCCCAGGUAUGUGGAAUAAAAACAGUUGUAACUAUUGAAGGCACAGAUAUGCUCCACAAACUUCCUCUUUCUCCACUGCUUGUAGAUUCUAAAGCUGGAGAGGACAGCAACCCUGCUUUUUUGCCACUGACUGAUGAAUUCAGCAUGGAUUUGCCAGCUUUUUUUGUGCUGAAGUUUCACCAGCCUAUUCCUAUGUCCUCAUCCAGUAUUGAAGAGAUACAGAGGCUUACAGGCAUGUUAUAA